UUCUUUCAUUCUCUUGACCAUCUUCUUUCAAAGACUUGUAAUCUAAUCUAAAGCUAUUACGUGAGAAGCUAAGCUAUACUGUUAUAUCUCUCUCCUUCUUUCCCAAUUCUCGGAAGAGUUUCAGUUCAUGGAUUCUGCUUCCUGGGUUAAUACUUCUCUCGAUCUCAACGUCAAUAGUACUUUCAAGCAUAUUGAUUCAGUUCCGAAGAGAGAAUUGUUGGCAGUAGACUUUUCUGGGCUUGAUCCGAAAGUACCAAUUAAGGAAGAGAAACCUUUUCUUGAUCCACAGACUAGCGUUUUGGUUGAAGAGCUUACCAGAAUAAGCACCGAGAACAAGAAGCUCACUCAAAUGCUAACUGUUCUAUGUGAAAAUUACAAUGUUUUGCAAAACCAUUUGGCUGAUUUGAUGUCCAAGAAUUCUGAUAAAGAAAUCAUCGCCCCAUCAUCAUCAAGGAAGAGAAAGGCUGCUGAGAGCGAGGAUUAUAGUAAUAUCAUCAGUGGAGCCAAUAACAUUAAUAAUGGAACUACAGAAAGCACCUCUAGCGAUGAGUUAGAAUCAGGUACUAAAAGGACUAAGGAAAUCAAAACAAAGAUUUCAAGCGCUUAUCUUCGGACCGAUCCAUCAGACACAAGCCUGGUUGUGAAGGAUGGAUAUCAAUGGAGGAAGUAUGGCCAAAAAGUUACUAGAGACAACCCUUCUCCUAGGGCUUACUAUAAGUGCUCAUUUGCCCCAAGCUGCCCUGUCAGAAAGAAGGUGCAAAGAAGCGCUGAAGAUCCAUCAAUCUUAGUAGCAACUUAUGAAGGAGAGCACAACCACGCGCGCCUUUCACAACCCGAAUUUUCUUUAGGCCCAAACCGAUGCAAUUCAAAUUCAGUUCCAGUUCCCAACAGUACUUCAUCAACACCUAUGAUGAAAGUUCCUCCAGCUUCUGUAACUCUUGACUUGAUGCAAGACAGUAAUGCUAGAAAGGCAAUCCAAGAAUCUGAAUCUCCAGCUCCAAUCCAACAGAUUCUGGUGCAACAAAUGGCUUCCUCAUUGACAAGAGAUCCAAAUUUCACGGCAGCACUUGCAGCUGCUAUUUCAAGCAGAUUCAGCAAGACUCCGAUCCAGAAAUGGUGAAAUUAAUAGUAGAAUUAAGAGUUUUACUUUUGUCUUUGAAUUUUUUUUUUGAAGUUACUUAGAGAGUACGAAGUGAUGUAUAUAGAAGAUGGACACUGAUUCUAAAUUUCAGAAAGAACAAUAUAGUAGUUUUAUAUUUACAAGUUGCAA